UAACCUCCUUACAUACGCAGAAAUAUACCUCCAGAGCCUGUCAGUAGACUGGAAGAAGUGGAUAUUGAACUUUUGACAUCAAUGAUGAGGCUCCAGUUGUCUAUUCAUUGACUGAUGGUGAAACAGCUGAAGUGAUUCUGAAUCGAGGUGAUUGUGAUUAUAGUGACAAUGAAGAUGAUGCUGUUAAUACUGCAUAAAAAGUGCCGGUCGAUGACAUGGUGAAAAUAUUUGACAGGCUUAUGGAAGGACUAGAGCAGCAUGCAUUCAUAACAGAAAAAGAAAUUAUAUCAGCUUAUAAAAUCAAACAGAGACUUCUAGACAAAAACCAUUGUUGAUGAGGCAGAUGCCUCUAGAUGAGAUGUUUAAAAGCCAUCAAACAGAAUGCCUUCCCUGGAGGACCCACUUCCUCAUCCCUAAACUGUGUCUGAUGUUUCUUCUUAUGUCAGAAGUAAAAAAUAAAAAUAAAAUAAAAUAUAUUGGUAUGUAACUACAGGAAAAAAUAAAAAAUAUACAGUGGACAGUAACCUUUCAAUAAAAACUCAGUAUCAUAAGUAGAGACUGAAAGCUUACCGUUAUUGGUUGUUGUUAUUGUUUAACAGCUGAUACAGAUAUUCUGCUGAUGCUACUGCUACUUAGUUCCCAUGAACAUGCUGUUUUUCCACUAUUAAUGGUGUGUCAUAUUUUUUACUUUUAAGUACUUACGUGUGAGUAAGUGUAAGAAAAUGACUGCUUAUCAGUAGUAUCAACGAUUUACUCAAUAUCUGAAUCACCUUGAUUCAGAACCAUUUCAGCUGUUUCACCAUCAGUCAAUGAAUAUCAUCCUCAUUAUUGGUGUCAAAAACUUCAAUAUCCACUUCUUUCAGCCUACUGCAGACUCUGGAAGUAUAUUUUUUUGCAUAUGUAAGGAGGUCAGACCUUUUAUUUUCACUUAAUAUGUAGAAUCCUUCAAAGUUACCACUAGCUCUACAUCAUCAGUAGACACAAUCACAGGGCAGAGGUUGUGCCAGGCAUGCACAACUACGUCUUUAGUUGUUGUGUUCCAAGUAUUGGCAACAACAUAUAUGGCAUACAUCAGAUAAGUUCAGAGUCAGGAAAGAUGAUGGUGCCAAACCACCACAAAUAUUCUAUUUGUGGGUGGCUGAGACAGUGACGUCUUUGCUUUCUGAUGAUUCAACAUACACAAACUUUGUUGCAUGCACAAAAUUAUUAAAAAUUUUGGCUGGGCCCGGUGGCUCACUCCUGUAAUCCCAGCACUUUGGGAGACCAAGGCAGGCAGAUCACUUGAGGUCAGGAGUUCAAGACCAACCUGGUCAAUAUGGCGAAAUUCCAUCUCUACUAAAAAUACAAAAAUUAGCCUUUCUGCCUGUAAAUGCCACCGAAGAAGCACCGUUAGAGUCUCUCUUCUCACUGCCGUCAUGUCUAAGUCAGAGUCUCCUGAAGAACCCGAACAGCUGAGGAAGCUCUUCAUUGGAGGGUUGAGCUUUGAAACAACCAAUGAGAGUCUGAGGAGCCAUUUUAAGCAAUGGGGAACGCUCACAGACUGUGUGGUAAUGAGAUAUCCAAACACCAAGCGCUCCAGGGGCUGUGGGUUUGUCACAUAUGCCACUGUGGAGGAGGUGGAUGCAGCCAUGAAUGCAAGGCCACGUAAGGUAGAUGGAAGAACUGUGAAACCAAAGAGAGCUGUCUCAAGAGAAGAUUCUCAAAGACCAGGUGCCCAUUUAACUGUGAAAAAGAUAUUUGUUGGUGGCAUUAAAGAAGACACUGAAGAACAUCACCUAAGAGAUUGUUUUGAACAGUAUGGGAAAAUUGAAGUGAUUGAAAUCAUGACUGACCGAGGCAGUGGCAAGAAAAGGGGCUUUGCCUUUAUAACCUUUGACAACCAUGACUCCGUGGAUAAGACUGUCAUUCAGAAAUACCAUACUGUGAAUGGCCAUAACUAUGAAGCUAGGAAAGCUUUGUCAAAGCAAGAGAUAGCUAGUGCUUCAUCCAGCCAAAGAGGUCGAAGUGGUUCUGGAAAUUUUGGUGGUGGCUGUGGAGGUGAUUUUGGUGGGAAUGGCAACUUUGGUGGUGAAGGAAACUUCAGUGGUUGUGGUGGCUUUGGUGGCAGCCAUGGUGGUGGUGGAUAUGGUGGCAGUGGGGAUGGCCAUAAUGGAUUUGGUAAUGAUGGAAGCAAUUUUAGAGGUGGUGGAAGCUACAAUGAUUUUGUCAAUUACGACAAUCAGUCUUCACAUUUUGGACCCAUGAAGGGAGGAAACUUUGGAGGCGGAAGCUCUGGCCCCUCUGGUGGUAGAGGCCAAUACUUGGCCAAACCACGAAACCAAGGUGCCUAUGACAGUUCCAGCAGCAGCAGUAGCUAUGGCAGUGGCAGAAGAUUUUAAUUAGGGAACAAAGCUUAGCAGGAGAGGAGAGCCAGAGAAGUGAUAAGGAAGCUACAGGUUACAACAGAUUUGUGAACUCAACCAAGCAUUGCAGUGGCAGGGCCUAGCUGCUACAAAGAGGACAUGUUUUAGACAAAUACUCAUGUGUAUGAGCAACAAAUCUCGAGGACUGUAUUUGUGACUAAUUGUAUAAUGGUUAUUUUAGUUUCUGUUCUGUGGAAAGUGUAAAGCAUUCCAACAAAGGGUCUUAAUGUAGAUUUUUUUUUCUUUUUUUUUGCACACCCAUACUGUUGAUUGCUAAAUGUAAUAGUCUGAUCAUGACGCUGGAUAAAUGUCUUUUAUUUUUCUAAUGUGCUAUGUAAGGUUAGUCUACUCUGAAACCAUCUUGGUAAAUUUCCCCCAGCAGUGUGAAGUUAGAAUUCUUUCAGUGUGAUGCCAGGUUCUAUUUGGAAUUUAUAUACAACCUGCUUGGGUGGAGAAGCCAUUGUCUUCAGAAACCCUGCUUUAGUUGAACUGACAGUUAUUAUGAUCUGAAGCUCACCAUUGAAAGGGAUUACCCAAGCAAAAUCAUGGAAUUCUUGGUUAUAAAAAUGAUUGUUGGCACAUCCUAUGCAAUGUAUCUAAAUUGAAUAAUGGUACCAGGUAAAAUUAUAGAUGGGAAUGAAGCUUGUGUAUCAUCCAUUAUCAUGUGUAAUUAAUAAAUG